AAAAGGAUUACGGUGUACUGAUCGUCCAUUGAAAUCGGGAAGGCCCUCAGACGGGUUCAGUUCCGGAAGAAUUUUUAUCCACGUUGACAAGAUACGGGCUGUGAAGAAAAGUGCAUUCACAUAAGUAUUUACGCUACCACACCAAACAAAGGUCGUAGUUUUAAUUAAUUUAUCAUCUAUGUUGAUACCUUCAUAUCAUAAAAGGGAAUUUGUUUUGGUUUCAUUUAUUUUGCUACCGGUUUUUAACCGGCUGCAGUGAGGAAGUGCCGAGUGCCGACGUGGACGGAAAAUCAUCUGGUGGUGUACGGUUUGUAGUCAGACGAAUAAGUUCCAGAACACUUCUGACAGCGCACUUUCAAAAUUGACUAGUAACUGUUCUUUAACUGUUGUCUAACUUGUGUGUUGAGUAUUUGGUUGAUGUCGGUUAAGAUUAUAUAGGGAAUAAAUAGGGGAGGGGCGUGGUAAUUAUCUCAUCUAACAAGUGUCAGUCAACUGGAAUUCGACAAUAACUCUGCACCUACCACCUGUCAUAAUGGAUCCUCACACUGUUCUGAUCGGUAUUGCAGUGUUUUGCUUGUCAGCUCUGCUCAUCUAUCUUAUAUCUAUAUUUGGCAUAAAAGAGAAAACUUUUGAAGAAGCAUUGGCUGAACAAAAACAAAGACUUGAAGAUGAAAAACAGAAAGAGAAAAGUCUAAAGAAGGCGGAGAAGGAGAAAAAAAAGUUUAGAAAGUCAAAAGAGAAACCAAAAGAAAAAGGCCUUCAGGUUUCUGAACCUGAACUACCGAAGGAACAAAAGAUGGUUAAUUUGGAAAUUGAUCCCGAAAUAAUUGAACCACUAACAGAUACAUCCAGUACUGAAGGGAAACGCUCUCAAAAUACUAAGAAGAAACCCAAAUCUAUCCUGCACAACAAAAACGAGGAGCCACAUGUGACAAAGGAAACCCAACAAGUGGUCCAUCAUAUUCCAGUCCCAAAAGAUGAGCUGGAAAUUCUACAUGAUCAUGAAAAAGAUCAGAAGGAUGUAAAGAAGGACAAGUCUGCACCAAAAGCAUCUAAGAAAGGGAAGGAAGAAGUGAAAUCAACCCCAAAGAGGCCCAUUGUAAUGGAAGAAGAGAUCAUCGUCCCAAAGUAUGAAAAUGUAUCGCACACUGCUUCCUACUCAAGCCCGGAUUCCAAAAUGAGAAUUGAUCCUAGUCAGCUUGUGGCCAAUAUUCACACAGCUCCUCUCACUGAUUCUGAGAUACAGAACUUGAUUGAGGUCCUCCUGAACAAACAGGGUGGAGCCAGCUCAUCUUGGAAUAAGAAGACACAGAAAGGUGAUGAUGUCAAACUGCUGCGUAAACAGUUGGAGGAGAAAGAGCGUGCCCUGCAGGAAGAGCAAAAGCUAGCAAUGCAAGCCAAUGCAUGUCUAUCCAAGGAGAAGGCUGGAUACAACACCCUGGAGAAACAGUACCAGGAAAAGAUUGCUGUACAAAACUCAGAGAUUCAAGCUCUCCGCUCCAAGAUGCAGCACUCUAUUGAACAACACAUGCUAGAGCGAAGCUCACUCCAGACACGCCUUCAACAGUUGGAACGCCAAGCUGGGGACCAGAGCCUUGCACAGAAACUCAGCGAGGAAAACAAGAUUUUGAAAGAGAACCUGAAAAGAGCAGAGUCUGAGACUGUGCCCCAGAAGAACUAUGCCAGCCUGACUCGUGAGCUGCAGAUUAUUCAGGAGGAACUCUCAAAGAAUGUUUCAAGGAAUACUGCUGCAGAGAAUGCCAAAAAAACUCUGGAGGAGAAACUUGCCAAGAAGGAUGCAGAGCUGGCCAAACUUAAAGGAUCAGAGAAAGAGUCGGAGGGUGUUGUGACCAAGAGACUGGAUGAAGUAAAUAAACAGUUGAGGAAGACCGAAGCAGAAAAUGCCACCCUGACUAAUAAUUUGAAGACUGCUGAGAGAGAGUGCUCUACAGUCAAAGCACGACUUCAGGAAUUAGAAAUGGCAUUGUCUGGUAAUGACAACACAUCAAAGGUGCUGGAGGAGAAACUACAGGAAACAUGUUUAUCAGUACGUGGUGCUGAAAAAGCCAAAUCUAAUGUUGAGGCCAGUCUGAAAGCAACAGAGAAGAAGUUAGUGGAUGCAGAGCAACAGAAGGCAAAACUUGAGAAAGAAUUUGAGGAUGCUAAGAAACAAAAGUCUGAGGUGGAGGCAAACCUGAAAUCUACAGAACAGAAACUGACAGAUAUGGAACAACUCCAGACUAAAUUACAGACAGAUUUCGAGUCUGCAGAGAAGGUGAAAAGUGAUAUGCAGUCAAACUUGGAAAAUUUGGAGCAGAAGUUAUCAGAGACUGAACAGAACAAGGACAAACUUCAAAAUGAGAUGGAGGUUUUGAAGCAAGAGAACUCGAGCCUUUCACAGGAAAUGGUGGUGGUAAAGGAGACUGUUGUGAAGACAGCUGGGGCCCCUAAUGGAGAUAUUCACGAUGAACCAGCAGAAAACAAAAUUGCCAUUUCUCAACACGAGAAAAUAGUUUCAGAGAAAGAAACGGAAAUCAAGAGAUUAGUGGCUGACAUGGAGGCCAAGGUCUCAGAAUUGUCCAAACUACAAGGCGAGGUUGAUAAACAGAAGAAGAAAAACAAUGAUUUGAGGCAAAAGAAUUGGGAGGCAAUGGAAGCCUUACAAAAGGCAGAAAAGUCAGUAACACUUCAAGUUCAAUCUGCUGUCAAAGAUACAAAGAAUGAUGAAAGUACAGCAUUGGUAACAGACGCAGAAAAAUAUGAUAAAACAGUAUUACAGAAAAUUUUCCCAGAUAUUUCUGUCAACACAAAUUUGGUCCAUAAGGAAUGGAUGUCUUGUUUUGAGAAAGAGGCAAUAGUGCAAUUACAAAGUCUUUCUAGUGCUAAUGAAUCUAUUGCUAAGUCAGAGACCAAAGUAACAGAUCUUCAGGGUCAAGUUAGCAGUCUAGAAACUCAAGUACAGGAGUUGAAGUCCAGUCUGUCUUCUUCAAGUGCCACUUAUGAAGACAAAGUCAAAGAUAUACAAGAGAAAAACAGUAGUUUACAGUCUGAGGUCCAGAGACUGAAGACAGAAUCAUCAAAUAUGUCAAGUUCACAAGCCAGAGUUGCUGAAUUAGAAGACAGUAAUAAAACAUUAGAACAACAAGUCCAGGAAAAUAAACAACUGCUAGACACAUCAUGUGCCAGCUACGAAGCCAAAGUCAAAGCAUUAGAAGAGAAAAAUAGUAGUUUACACUCCGAGGUUGAUAAACUUCAUUCAGAGUCAUCAAAUGUGUCAAGUUCAGACUCCAGGGUGACAGAAUUAGAGGAAAGCAAUACAAAAUUAGAGACACAAGUCCAGGAGUAUUUAAAUGUUCUAGCUACAACGGAGUCCAAGUUACAGCAGCUGGAGAAUAGUGUGGAGGGUGAGGAGAAAAAGUGGCACGACAAGCUGCAAACAGUCCAGAUAGAUUUAGAGCAGGCCAAGCAGGAGGUCUCAUCAUUACAGGAUGAGUUAAAGAAGUCUCAGGCCAACACAGAGGCACUAAGUGAAUUGGAGUUUGCUUAUCGAUGUCUAGAGAAAAGUUUGACGCAAAUAACUGAUGAGAUGAAAGAGAAGGUAUUAAGUCUAGAAGGCCAGUUGAAAAUAUCUGAAGACAAGUGUUCACAGUUGCAGAGUCAAGUUGAAGAGAGUGAGGAGAAAACUAGAGAGCUCCAAGAGUCUGUGAAAUCCACAAGUAAUGAAGAAGAUUUACUAAAGCAAAUAGAAGAACUGAAGAAGUUGUUAUCAGAAGAAAGUAAGAAAAGCAAAAAUUUAGCAACAACCAAUGUACGACUUAAUGGAAUUAUAAAGACUGGCCAGGACUCCCUGGCUCAGGAGCAGGCGUUGGUGGAUAAACUCAAGUCAGAGAUGGAGAAAAGCAAGGGGUCAAACGGUGCAGCACCAAGCAGUGAGAUAGAACAGCUGAGAGCUAAGCUUGAGGAGAAAGAAAAACAGCUGGAAAAGGAACUGCUAGCAAAGAAACAGCUCUCACAGAGACUGGUACAGACAGAUACACAGUAGACAGAUGUACAGGCUCAGUUAGGUGUAAUGGCCUCCUCUCAAGGAAAUGACCUGGGAACAUCAGUGUAACAGUUUUGUGGUGCGGACCAAAUUCUGACCAGAGGCAUCAGGAAAUCAAAUGGAAAUGGAAUGAAGGAUAUUGACUUAAUACUUUGUGUGUACAACACAGCAUUCAGAGUAGCCAGCUUUAUCAAAAGUCUCAGUACACAUCGUCCAGAUUGCUGGUCGUCCAGUAAUUGACCAGUGUUCUAUAUGUAAAAGAAGUGAUCCGGAUGCUUAACAGCUUUUUUUCCACUAUGCCUUUUUGGUUAUGUUCUCAAAUUGUAUGUUUAAGUUCACAAGCAAAUCAUUCUUUUCUGUUUUCAUUUUGUUAGUAGGACAAUCCUGUAUCAUAUUUUCAACCCAUGAACUUCACAAGAGAUAUAACAGUAUUGUAAAAUAGAAAUAUCUCAUCUAAUCAUGACACUCGAUCAUCUUUGUUAAAAUACAUAAUGCUGCCAGUACCAGUUACAUAAAUAUCUUCUAAAGUGAUUAA